AUGUCUUGCGUGUUUUGUGGGGGAGGAAUGAGAGGCUCGAUCGCAUCGCAUCCCGGCCCCAAAGGAAACGCCGAGAGGGACGUGUGUACUUCAGACCUGGUUUUGGUCCGGGACGACCGGAGGCCGGCGAUGCGGACGUGUGGCAUUGAUGUGUAUUUUGGGGUCUGUCUGAGGAGUGUAGGGAGUGCGAAUCGAUCUGUCUUGUCGUUGACACUUGGGGAGCAAGCUGGUAUCGUGAUGGUUGGACCACCGGGGCGAUUAACAUGUCCGGAUCAAUGGCGGUCAGCAGAACAAAGUCCGGCGGGAUAUGGCCCAAUAUGGGAAUACCCUCCAUCCCGUGGCGUGGCAAGAUAUAAAGUUGAGGACUUCAUUCUCCGAGAUCACUGUCCUUUGUCAAGACACGCGCACACCGCUCCGGAUACCUGCUGUAAAACCUGUCAACAACACCACCGCUCGCCCGAGAAUUGGAACGUGGCAACAGCUCUGCGGGUAACGCCUUAG